UCUCUCUCCCUCUCUCUCUCUCAUUUGCUUAAAAUGCCUAAGAGGACUGGUUUGAAUAUGAACAAAUAAGGGCUUUUGUUUGCUCUUAAUUUGACUAAGUCAUGUGGCAACAGAGUUGCUCUUUUACUGGUUGUAAAUAUAGAAAGAAAGAACUGGAGGAUGUUAAUGCAAGCAAAUCUAUUGGAUACCUUAGAUUAUCCAAGGGAAGAGGGAACUGCAUUUCAGAGACGUGGAUUGAUAUACCUUUUAUUACUACUGUGUGGUUGGACCAGAGGACUCGGCUUCCUCAUUCAAGACUAUAGCCAAAGAAUUCAAGCAGUAAGCAGUUAACUACCUCCCGCUGAAGACUAUCCUGCAUCAGAAGAUCUAACCAUGGCAGCUGUAAGCAAUGCCUUCAAAUCAGUCAACUCCAGCACUCCUGGUGUCGUUAUAUGGAGAAUUGAGAAACUGGAGCUUGUUCAAGUGCCACAAAAUGCUUAUGGGAACUUCUUUGAAGGUGACUGCUACAUUUUGUUGUCGUCCAAGAAAUCUGGGAAUACGAUGACAUAUGACAUUCACUACUGGAUUGGGAAUGACUCAUCUCAGGACGAACAAGGCUCUGCUGCAAUCUACACCAUUCAGCUGGAUGACUACCUGGGGGGCUCUCCUGUGCAGCACCGAGAAGUACAGGGAUUUGAAUCGGAUACCUUCAAAGGAUACUUCAAGCAAGGUGUCAUCUACAAGAAAGGAGGUGUUGCCUCGGGAAUGAAACAUGUUGAAACUAACAUUUAUGAUGUAAAACGACUACUUCAUGUUAAGGGAAAGAGGAAUGUCUCUGCCAGAGAGGUUGAAAUGGACUGGAAGAGUUUUAACGUUGGUGAUGUGUUUCUGGUGGAUAUUGGCAAAGCCAUCAUACAAUGGAAUGGACCAGAGAGCAACACUGCUGAACGUCUCAAGGGUAUGCAGCUGGCAAAAGAUGUACGAGACCGUGAGCGAGGUGGACGUUCCGCAAUUGGUAUAAUAGAAGGUGACCAAGAAGAUGCUUCCCGAGACUUGAUGAAAGUUCUCACUGAAUACCUGGGAGAAAGAACUGGGAAGCUCAACCCUUCCACACCAGAUGAGGUGGUUGAUCAACAACAGAAAAGUAACAUCAUGCUUUACCAUGUUUCAGAUGCAGAUGGCCAGAUGAAGGUGACAGACGUUGGUACCCGUCCCUUGGUCCAAGAGAUGUUGAACCAUGAUGACUGCUAUAUUCUGGAUCAAGGUGGUGCCAAAAUUUAUGUCUGGAAGGGUAAAGGUGCCACUAAAGCAGAAAAACAGACAGCAAUGUCCAAAGCACUGGAGUUCAUCAAAUUGAAAGGAUAUUCUUACACUACGAAUGUUGAAACUGUGAAUGAUGGUGCAGAAUCUGCCAUGUUUAAGCAGCUCUUCCAAAAAUGGAAAGUAAAAGACCAGUCCGCAGGUUUUGGAAAAACAUACAGUGUUGGUAAAGUAGCUAAGGUCACACAAGAGAAGUUUGACGCUGCACUUCUGCACACCAAACCUGAAAUGGCAGCACAGCAGAGAAUGGUGGAUGAUGGGAAGGGUAAUGUUGAGGUUUGGCGAAUUGAAAACAUGGAGUUAGCACCAGUAGAGAAAGAGCAACAUGGGUUCUUUUAUGGGGGAGACUGCUACCUGAUUCUCUACACAUAUGAAGUGAACAAAAAGCCAAACUAUAUUCUCUACAUCUGGCAGGGUCGUCACUCUAGUCAAGAUGAGCUUGGAGCCUCGGCUUAUCAGGCAGUAAAUCUGGACCAGAAAUACGGCGGGCAGCCUGUUCAAGUUCGAGUGACUAUGGGAAAGGAACCACGUCAUUUCAUGGCCAUCUUUAAAGGAAAAUUAGUAAUCUUUGAGGGUGGAACAUCAAGGAAAGGAAAUGUUGAACCUGAACCUCCAGUGCGGCUCUUCCAGGUUCAUGGAACAGAUCAGUCCAAUACAAAGGCUAUUGAGGUUCCUGCAUUUGCAUCAUCACUCAACUCUAAUGACAGCUUCCUCCUCAAGUCUCAGCCAGGAUGUUACUUAUGGUGUGGGAAGGGUUCCAGUGGAGACGAACGUGAAAUGGCUAAACAAGUAGCUGCAAGUAUUUCCAGAGGCAAUUUAGAAACCAUAUUUGAGGGCCAGGAGCCUGUAGAAUUCUGGGAAAUGCUAGGAGGAAAAGCACCAUAUGCAAAUGACAAGAGGCUGCAGCAGGAAGUGCCGGAGUUCAUGCCACGCCUUUUUGAAUGCUCCAAUAAAACAGGUCGGUUUAUUGUCACAGAGGUAACAGAUUUCACUCAAGAUGACCUGGAUGAGACUGAUGUCAUGCUGCUGGAUACAUGGGACCAGAUUUUCCUGUGGAUUGGAAAAGAUGCAAAUGAAACAGAGAAGAAAGAAACCCUAAUAACUGCCCAAGAAUACCUGAAGACUCACCCUGGUAACAGGGAUAUUCACACCCCCAUACUCAUCAUUAAACAAGGAUUUGAACCUCCAACUUUCACGGGAUGGUUCUGUGCCUGGGAUCCACAGAAAUGGAGUGGAGGAAAAUCAUACGAGGAACUGAAACGUGAACUAGGAGAUGCUGCUGCCAUCUUAAGGAUAACAGCGAACCAGAAUGGGGCUCCUGCCACUGCAACGCCCAACUCUGCUGGGCAGCCGAAUGGUCAGGUGAAAUGCCACCCCGUUGAGUCUCUGAGGAACAAACAGAAGGAUGAGCUACCUGCAGAUGUUGAUCCUUCCAAGAAAGAGGAUUACCUUUCUGAUACAGAUUUUGCCGAAGUAUUUGGAAUGCCAAGAGGACAGUUUGCAGCUUUAGCAGGAUGGAAACAGCUGAACCUAAAGAAACAGAAAGGCUUUUUUUAAAGCAGCACUAUUUAAUGUCAACUAUGUAGCUACAGCUGUGCCAAACCAUUAAAUAUUUCUAAUGCUCCUGACUGUGGACUGUUGAUCUCAGCACCACCCGCUUCCCAGGUCAUGGCUUUUACCAGUACUAUCAAUAUCAUGUUGGAGAGCAGUAUCCAUUUCAGUGGUCAAGCUGCCAUCUGCUAGUGGUUACAAGCUCAAUGCAGGGUCUUUUUAGUCAAAUAAUGUAUUUUGCCUAAACUUUUAAUUUACUUAGCAUGUCUAUUUCUUAUUAACUGAGUUUUCAGCUGCCUGUGGUAUCUGCCCAUGCAUUGCAAUGCCUUAACUUCACCUUGUUAACAAAUAUGGCUUCAUUCCAGUUGAAAGUUUAGAAUCAAACUGUCAGUGCCACAGUACUCAGGCAGAUUGUCUAUCACCUUUAGCCAUCUCACCGUCACCUCUCUGUGCAGAUUUUUGGUAUGCGAAAAUCAUGUAUAACCCAGUGUACUGGUUUGGUCUGUAUUUGGUUGUCUGGGCAGCACAUGAGCCUGUAAUCUCCACUAUAAACCAGGUACACUGUCCUCUGGCAUUAUCCAUCCAUACCAUCUGUCUUUCUGAGUAGAAAUGCUGAUUAUCUAUAACAAUAAAAAGCAGUGGGUAGUUAAGACAGCAUACACAAUCUGUUUUACCUCCUAUACUCACAUUAAAAUCAUGCUCAAAAGA